UGCUGAGGGUGUGAAGGUAUUGCCAGAUAGUAGCCCUACCACCGCACGCUCUUGUUACUAGGCUGCCGCGUUGAGCCUCCUGCAACUCGUCCCUACUACAUGCGCCGUCCCUGUUUUAUUCAUGGGCAUGCGUCUUCUCAAGGUUGAAGAUGAUGGAGGCCUCUCUUUCGCCGAGUUCGACGAAGACACUAAGCCGCCGUAUGCGAUACUUUCGCACAGGUGGGGAGCGGAAGGAACCGAGAUAACCUUUGAGGAGAUGCAAGGGGACACGAACGAAAAAAAGUCUGGCUAUAAGAAGAUUCGCCUCUGCGGGAAACAAGCACAGCGAGACGGCUUGCAGUAUUUCUGGGUCGAUACUUGCUGCAUCAAUAAAGCAAACAAGGCUGAGCUAUCGCUGGCUAUCCAGUCCAUGUUUCGCUGGUACCGGGACUCGGCUCGAUGUUACGUCUAUUUGUCGGAUGUUUCAAGCUCACCUCUAGACACCACCCUGGUAUGCGACCUGCAGGAGUCCAAGAUUCUAAAAAGCGAAUGGUUCACCCGAGGCUGGACACUCCAGGAGCUCCUCGCACCCAGCUCGGUUGAGUUCUUCUCACAAGAAUGGGAGAAGCUUGGUGACAGGAAAUCGCUAAUACAACAAGUGCACGAGGCUACUGGGAUCCCGCAUCGAGCGUUGCAAGGAGGUGCAUUGUCUCAGUUUAGUGUCAGCGAUCGGCUGCGGUGGAUUGAAUAUCGGCAUACUACAUGUCCAGAAGACAAAGCAUACUCCAUAGCGGGUGUUGUCGACAUCGAUUUGGCGCCAUGUUAUGGCGAAGGUGUCGAAGGAGCGUUUAGACGACUUCACGACGAGAUUGAAAAAUCAGCUCAAUGUAUUCAAGACCUAUGUGGCACAGACUCGCGGAAAGACAAGCAGCGUAUUGAGGAGAUGAAAGGCGGUCUGUUAAAAGAUGCAUACAGUUGGGUCUUUCACAAUGAUAGUUACAGGCAUUGGCACGCAGAUCUGGAGAGCCGAGUGUUGUGGGUCAAGGGUGACCCUGGAAAAGGCAAGACGAUGUUGCUCUGUGGCAUCAUUGACGAAUUGCAGACAUCUACUUCGAUUAGGAAUGCAACGACAGUGUCUUACUUCUUCUGCCAGGCCAACGACCCGCGGAUUAAUAGCGCUACGGCUAUACUACGUGGAUUGCUGUACUCGCUUGUGAGCCAGCAGCCAUCACUCGUGUCUUCCGUGCGUAAAAAGUACGAUCACAUAGGCAGAAAAAUGUUCGAGGACGCAAACGCAUGGAUUACCUUGGAAGCCAUUUUUGCGGAUGUGCUACAGAACCCGGGCCUUCCUCCUACUACCUACCUAAUCAUCGAUGCGCUAGACGAGUGCGUUACUGACUUGCCAAAGUUUCUUGAUUUUAUUAUAAGACAUUCGUCUGCUUCCCGCGUCAAGUGGAUUGUUUCUAGCCGCAACUGGCCAGAAAUCGAGGAACGCCUAGAGAAAGCUGGCUCCAAAGUCAGGUUGAGCCUUGAGCUAAAUCCGACUUCUGUUUCGAAGGCGGUCGAAUUUUUCAUUGAACAAAGGGUCUCUCAACUUGCGAAGCAGAACAAAUACGACGAGCGGACUCAACGUGCUGUGUUAGAUCAUCUAGCGCUGAAUGCGAACGAUACAUUCCUCUGGGUAGCGCUGGCGUGCCAGCAUCUUGAAAUGACGGCGCGGCGAAAUGUCCCGAGGAAAUUACAAUUAUUCCCACCUGGAUUAGAUGCUCUAUACGGGCGAAUGAUGCAACAGCUCAGUAGGAAGGAUGAUGCUGAGCUUUGCAAACAGGUGUUGGCUACGGUCACGCUCGUGUACCGGCCUAUCACGCUCAAGGAGCUUGUAACGCUUGUUGCAUCACUUGAAGAUGUGACUAGUGAUGCAGAGUUACGAGAGAUUAUUGGUCUUUGUGGCUCCUUUCUCACCCUGCGAGAACAGACUUUGCACUUUGUUCACCAGUCAGCCAAAGACUUUCUUCUUGCCAAGGCUACCCAGGAAAUUUUCCCAGCUGGACAGGAGGCUCUCCAUCAGGCCAUAUUCGCCAGGUCACUCCAGGUUAUGUCAAUCACCCUAAAGAGGGACAUGUACGGACUAAAGGCGAUAGGCGCACUGAUCGAAGACAUUGAGAAGCCUAAGCUAGACCCAUUAGCAGCAGUCUCUUAUUCCUGUAUUUACUGGAUCGACCAUCUAUGCGAAUCAAAGCUUACAGCUUCUACGCUUGAUCCGGAACAUCUACGAGAUGGGGGGUUUGUUGAUAGGUUUCUGAAAAAGACAUUUCUGUACUGGCUAGAAUCCCUCAGUCUUUGCAGGAGUAUGUCCUACGGCAUAGUUUCGAUGAACAAGCUACAUAUGUUAGCACAGGAACAGGGAGAGGUGACUCCCUUCACUCAGCUUGUAUACGAUGCGUAUCGUUUUAUCAUGUAUCACAAACAAACAAUUGAACUCAGCCCUCUCCAGGCAUACAUAUCUGCGCUAUUGUUCAGCCCGACAGACAGUCUGAUUAGAAAAUGUUACCAUCACGAAGCACCUGGAUAUAUCUCGAUUACAACAGCUAUAGCGAGUACCUGGAGUGCAUGUCUACAAACGCUUGAGGGACAUGACAGUGCCGUCUUAUCAGUAGCCUUCUCUCAUGACUCGUCACGAGUCGUAUCUGGGUCACUCAAUGCCACGGCAAAGAUCUGGGAUACUAACAGCGGCGCUUGCCUUCUGACACUGAGAGGCCAUGCCGGUGGUGUGCAAUCAGUGGCCUUCUCUCAUGACUCGUCACGAGUCGCCUCGGGGUCGUCUGAUACCACGGUCAAGAUAUGGGAUACCAACAGCGGGAACUGUCUUCUGACACUAAGAGGCCAUACCGAAAUUAUCAAAUCAGUGGCCUUCUCUUGUAAUUCCUCAUGGAUUGCCUCCGGGUCAGAUGACUCCACUGUCAAGAUCUGGAACUCAAGUAGUGGAGAUUGUCUCCAGACACUUCAUCAUGGCGGUCGGAUUAGCUUAAUAGCCUUCUCUCACAACUCUACCCGACUGUUGCUAACAUAUUCUGAUGUCAAAACGGUGGGAGUAAGGGUCUGGGACCUAAAGGAAGGCAGAAUUUUUAACACUGUUCGAAGUGAUUGUAACGACUUCAUGUCAAUAUUUUUCUCGCACGAUUGCGCUAGAAUUGCGUCGGUCACUUGGAGAUCUUUAUGCAAAGAAGUUGAAGUCUGGGAUUUGGACAGUGGCAAUUUGCUGCAGACACUCAAGGGGCAUAAUAAUGCAGUCGAUUCGGUGGCCUUCUCUCACAAUUCGAUACAGCUAGCGUCCGGAUCAAACGACGGUACUAUCAAGAUCUGGAAUGUGAUUACGGGAGAGUGUCUUCGAACGUAUGAAGGCCAUAUUUUCAGUGUUGGUUCAGUGGCCUUCUCUCACGACUCAGUUCAUCUGGUAUCUGGAUCAGGCGACUUCACAAUCAAAAUCUGGGAUGCAAAUAGUACUGUGUGCUUCCAGACCCUAAGAGGCAAUAGUGGCAAUGUUGAAUUAGUAGUCUUCUCUCCCGAUUCGGCACUACUAGCAUCCGGAUUCAGCGACGGCACAAUCAAAGUCUGGUGCGUGAGUAGUGGAAAGUGUGUGCAAAUGCUCAAGCACCAUGAUUUCAAGGUCUCUGACUACAAGAACUGUGAUGAUGAGAUCCUCUCAGCGGCUUUUUCCCAUGACUCGACCUUGUUAGGAUCUGCAUCACCUGACGGAACAAUCAAAAUAUGGAACGUAAGUAACGGAAAGUGCCUCCAGACACUCAACAACAACGGUCCUAUUCACACUAUAGACUUCUCAUACAAUUCUGCCUGGCUGGCGUCGGCAUCCUCGACAUCAAAGGGUUGUACUAGUAAGCUAUGGGACCUGAGCAGUGGCAUGUGCAUCAAAACCUUCACGUAUGAUGAUAUCCGGGAUACAGGAAUUCCUAUCGGAUCGGUGGCCAUAUCUCACGACUCGGCCCAGCUAGCAUUAGCAUCUCACAGCUUCACAAUCCAUAUUUGGAACACUAGCAAUGGCGAGAGACUCCAGACGCUGGAGGGUCAUAGUGGAAUGGUCCUCUCAAUAGCCUUCUCCCAUGACUCGGCGCUUCUUGCAUCCCAAUCGGUUGACAACAUAGUGAAGAUUUGGGAUCUGAAACGCGGUGUCUGCCUUGCGACUUACGAAACUGAUAUUUGGGAUGUACUUACAGAAUUCGAAGCUACUGGACCAUAUCUUUGUGUUGGCACUGGCACCAUCGAUAUCAACGCUGCUUUAGGCUCAUGGUCACUCCCAGAUACUUCCAAGCCUCGCAUUCCUCGAUACCGUGGCAUUGGUCUAAGUCCGUGUAGGGAGUGGAUCACUCAUGAGACAAGGCUCCUUGCUCGGAUACCUCCAGAAUACCGGCCAGGACAUGUGAUGGUGUCAGGAAAUACUAUUGCUAUCGCUAACAACUCAGGAAUCGUGUGGAUAUGUAAAGUUGAUGUCGAUAAGCUUUUAGCUAUGAAAUCAUGAUUUUCUAAUCGGUUGGACUGUGAUCUUUGUGUUCUAGAGGCCUACAGGCAACACUGAUGUACAAGUACUGCUGAUUUGCCAUGAUGCAGCUUCGAAUACCUCUAGAAAAUUUAGAAU